AUGCUGCCGUUGAGAAUUAACCGAGAUCGCGACAGGAACGGCUACACUCGCAAAUCGUCCUCGACCUCCAAAAACAAAAACAAACAGCGUUCGUCACUGGCUCGGUCCGCCCGUCCUUCAACCAAGGAUCGUGCCCGCGACCCCCCCACGGCUCCCUCCUCCACUUCUCUCUCGUCCUCCUCAUCCGUCACGUCCACCACGUCCUCCGAUCCGGACCCUCCCCACCAACGCAGGUCCUCGAUGCCGAGCGUCGAAACCGAGCGGUCGGGGACCACCUCGUUCCUGAAUGACUCCAGGACCAGCCUGCCAUACCCGACAUUUUCCAAGGCCCACAGCAAGGAGGCCGUUCGCCAGCCGGAUAUCCCAACACCGGACCCGACCGAUCUGACCGACCGCAAAGAAAGUGGAAAGACAAACGGCAACAGCCAUGACCGUACCGAGAACCAUGCACCUCCCAGCCCACCGCUGACAGGUGUCGAUCAGUCAUCAUCGCGAAAAGGCACACCGGUCGAUGAGCGGGAUGCGAAGGGGACGGAGACGGAAAAGCCAAAGACAAAAAAAGCAAGCAUCCGGAUCAAAACCGGUAGCAACAGAUCGUCGUCAAGUCUCUGGGCCAAGAAAGAGGAUGCGAUCAAAUCCAGCAAGACCGCGCGAUCGGAGACGCCCCCGAAACCCAAAACGCCCAAGGAUGAGAAGGAAGCAUCGCCUAGAGCGUCGCCUCGGACAACGACUCGCAAGACAUCCAGAUCCAAAAUUCCCGACGAGAAGAAAAUACCCAGAAAGUCCACCAGCCAGUCCACGAUGUCCCCUUCGCGAUCCAACGUUACGGUCCGCGAGACGGGCGCAGAGUCUAUCGACGGAGGGUCUGAUGCAACCUCCAUUGCUCCCAACCAGCAGUAUACAGCUCCACGCAAACCCAUGACACCGCCUGUAAAUCCCCCAUCUCGGAACCAGAUGCGGUCUUCGAUGUCCCAUCGCCACACACCGAGUGAUGACUCGUUUGACUAUGGACGACCCAUCAUGACAGGCCCUGCAUAUGGAGCCCCUCCGCCACCUCCGCCUCCGCCCGAAGUACCGGUUUCCAUUCCGAGGGUUGAUUAUCUUCUUCAGCACGGUGGUCUGGACCACAAAGUACCGAAAACACUGCUUUGGAACCUCGGCGUAGCAGAUCCUUUCUCUCAGCAGCAGCCGCAGACUCAAGUCGCAGCUCAAAAGCUCUUUGAACCAUUCAAUCAUCUGCUGGAUGACUAUCAAAAAGUUAUGAACAAGAAUGGCUCGCUGGCGGUGGCUACAGGGUACCGAUCAGUUGCUCGGCGCCUACUCGAUCGUCUCGAGGCUGUCUUUGCACGCGACAUCUCAUCCGAGCCCUGCCAGUGUCGGAUGUGCGAUAACUCAGAGACAGAGGAACGACCAGAGGGUGUAAGUUGGGGCGAGGUGCUCGAACUGGUGUCAGGACGCCGAGAACUACCCACAUGGCCACCUUUCAUCAUGGCACCGACUGUCGAGACGGCGAUGCAGGGCGACGAGCAUAUCCCAAUGCAGAAACUGGAUAUUGACGUGCCGGAAGAAUAUCGCGAACACUACAGACGACAGUCCCAAAAGACCAAGGUGGCUGUCGAUAAAUGGCUUUCGGAGCAAACGGACCAAGUCAGCAGUGCGCCCAACGAGGUCGACGAUGAAACUUUGACAUUCGCCAUGUUGACGCAUCUGGAGCAACAAGAGCGCUCUCUUUUCUGCACCUUGCUUGGUAUCAACUCCUCUACUCCCGUUCCACGGUCAGACGACGAGCCCCGACCUAAGUCCUCUGCACUUGUAUCCUCGGGAAUAGCCAUUCAACGGCUCUACCGACUUUCGUCACUACCUCGAGACCCUGAGAUAGCCAUGUACAUGUUAAACAAUCGGGAACUGCACCAUGUCCUGGCCACACUUGCCGCCAUCAGUGAUGACGAAUGGGAGAUUCUCAUCUCCGGCCGAUUCGAUGGAUUCCUCCGUAGCGGAGCUGAAGACGGCAUUCCCUCUGCCACAACUUCCGGCUCUCGCUGGAAUAGCAACCGUUCCAACACCCCCUUCAGUACAGGCGGAAUCUCCCGUGGUACUACUCCCAGCCACAUGGACGGCAGUUUCCGGCCGGCGAGCCAGCCGAAUGGCGGUCCAUCCUCCCCCGCCUCUUUUGGCGGCCCCAUCGCUCUAGACGAGGAAACCGAGAUCGCCGCGUUAGCCGAAGUCGAACGGGACAUUUUCUUGGGAAUGGAGGCCCUGGAGGACGCAUUUGAAGCUCUGCAUUGCAAAGCCGAAGUUGUGCGUCGGGCUCUUCGCGAGCGUGGGGCCGGCUUGUCAGUGGCCAACCAGAGCCGCCGCGGCUCAUACGUCGAGGCGCGUAUGGGCACCCCCUUCUCUGCGAUGGGCAAUACAUGGGAAAGUGGAACGGAAGACGACUUCCUCGAUGAUGACCGCUCCCUCGCCCCGGAUGACUCGGCCAGUAACAUCAGCUCUAGCCGUCGGCGUCGACCUAAGAGACGCACUGAGCGACGCACCCCAGCCCCCGUAGAGGAAGAAGAUGAAGAGGAAGACCGGUCGUAUGUGAAUCGUCGCGAUGGACGAAAUGCACGGCGAAGGUAG